AUGCCAGCCGGGCACGUGGAGGACCUGCUGACGCUGCUGGAGCAGAGGGCGGCGCUGUCAGAGGACCUCAGGGCCGCCACAACGGCCGCGCCCGACACAGCCCUGCGCUUCCUGCAGCCGGGCCGCCUGGUCAAGGUGGCCGCGGGGCCGCCGGACCCGCGGCGCCCGCUGCCGCAGCUGGGGCCCGUGCCGAAGGGCGCCUCGCUGGAGGACGCAGCGGGGGGCGGGGACGCUGCAGCGGGCGGCGCGGCGGGUGGCGGCAGCGGCGUCGGCGGCAGCGGCUCGGACGACGAGACGGGGGAUGCAGAGGGCGCUGGGCACGAGGUUGUGUCACUCGGUGACGUGCUGCGGAGAGUGGACGGCGCGUCGUGGGGUGUGCUCAUCAGCUUCGAGAAGGCCGGGAAGCACAAGCAGCCCGGCGGCGGCGGCGGCGCGGCGGCGGGCGAGCUGGGCGAGGACGGUGACGGCAGCUCGUUCAGGGGCAGCGGCGGCGGCGCGCAGGCCAGGGGGCCGCGUUUUGUGGUGGACGUUCUCGUAUCCUGCGACCCGUCCACCCUGCCGCGCGGCCAGCAGGGCGGGCAGCAGGGCGGCCGCGCGCUGCCGCGGCUGACGGCGCCGGGGGCGGCGGGGUCGAGCGCGCAGGUGGUGACGUUCCCCUUGGAACACCUGGCUGCCCUCAGCAGUGUGCGCAUCAGAGGGCUGCAGGACCUCAGGACACAGCAGGCGCGGGAUUCGCUGAUCGGCAGCGCUGCAGAGGCGCUGCGGCGGCAGCCGGGGGGCGAGCCUCCCCAGCUGGACCCUCAGAGCGACAUGAAGGCUGGCGGCAAGGAGGUCAAGGGGCUGGUGCGGCGGCUGGAGUCCCUGGACGACCGCAUAGCCCGUCACCCCCUGGCCGCCAGCCCCGCCCUGGCGCGCCUCCUGGGCGCGCUGCAAGCCAAGCGCGCGCUGGCCGCGGCCGCCAAGGUGGCCAGGCGGGAGGCCAAGGCGGCGGCGGGCCUGGUGCUGUCGGAGGAGCUGAAGGCGCGGCAGAGGCUGCUGCGGCGGCUGGGUUAUGUGGACGACGACGGCCUCAUCACGGCCAAGGGCCGCGUGGCCGCAGACCUGCAGUCUGGUGACGAGCUGGUGCUGACGGAGCUCAUCUUCAGCGGCGCCUUCAGCAGCCUCACCACAGAGCAGCUCGUGGCCACAGCAUCCUGCUUCGUCUGGCAGGAGAAGCGGGAGGGCGGCGUCAGGUUGCCCAAGGAGCUGCAGGGCCCGCUCAAGGCGCUGCAGGACACAGCGCGGCGUGUGGGCAAGGCGGCGGCGGACUCCAAGGUGGCGCUGGACCCCCAGGAGUACGCUGACUCAUUCAGGCCCGAGCUCAUGAACGCGGCGGCAGCAUGGGCGCGCGGACAGCGAUUCGCCGAGGUGAUCAAGAUGGCGGAGGUGUUUGAGGGCAGCCUGGUGCGCGCUGUCAGGAGGCUGGAGGAGCUCCUGCGCCAGGUGUCGGGUGCGCUGCGAAGUGUGGGUGACAGCGAGCUGGCUGCCAAGUUCGACGAGGCGCGCACGGUUAUCAAACGCGACGUCAUCUUCGCGGCGUCCCUGUACCUGUAA